AUGGAUUCAUUUAAAUUUAACGAUGAGCAAAUUAAAGUUAUUAAAGCACUUAGUGGAACUUUAAUAGCAGAAUUGGAUGAUUUAGAAACAGAAGCUCUUUCAAAAACAAAAGCUAUUGUAAUAAAAAAACAUUCCUCUAAAGUUAUCGAAUUUGCUAAAUUUGAUUUAUCCAAAAAUGAAAACUUUAUAGAAAUUUUAAGUGAUAAACUUAUAAAAUGUUAUUUCAAACCAUUUUAUGAACUUGAUAGAAAACAAUGUGAAGUUGUUUUACAAAAUUGGUCUAAAAGUUUUAAAUUUUAUAGAAAUAUGUUUUUAAUUUUAUCUACUUUGAUUAAUGUUAUUUAUUGGUCCAAAUUUGAUAAUUAUUUUGAAACCAUUGGAUAUCCUGGUCCUGAUCCUGAAGCUAGUGGUGAAAAAUUUACUUCAAAAAUUAAUUUAUUUCCUACUUACGAGUUUAUUCAAGUUCCACCCGAAGGAUUAGUAUUAAAUUUUGAUGUAGUGAUUAUCGGUUCUGGUGCAGGAGGUGGCGUAGUUUCUGCUUUGUUAGCAAAAGCUGGUUAUAGCGUCCUUGUUGUGGAAAAAGGAAAAUAUUAUCAUCAAAAUGAUCUAUCAUUGAAACAAGAUGAAUCUCUUACUAAUCUAUAUGAAAAUGGUGGUAUGGCUUCAACAUUUGGUGGUGGUACUACUAUCAAUUAUUGCGCUAGUUUAAGGCCACAACAUUUUAUAAGAGAGGAGUGGGCUGCACAAGGAUUAACUUAUUUCCUUAGUGAUGAUUUUAAUAAGUCAAUUGAAGCUGUCGAAAAACGAAUGGGUGUUUCUUCUGAUGCAAUUAUUCAUAAUGAAAGUAAUAAAAUUCUUAUAGAAGGAUGUAAAAGACUUGGUUAUCAUUACAAAAACAUACCUCAAAAUACUGCUGGUUCUCAUCAUCAAUGUGGUUGGUGUACAUUUGGUUGUAAAUAUGGUGAAAAACAAGGUUGUUUGAUGACAUGGUUAAAAGAUGCUAGAGACGCUGGUGCAAAAUUUAUUGACAAUUGUUAUGUUGAAAAUGUUUUGCUUAAAAAUAGAAAGGCUGUAGGUAUAAAGGCUAUUGUUAACGAAAAUCGUAUAUUAGUUGUACAUUCAAAAAAAGUUAUUGUUUCUUGUGGCGCAAUUCAUAGUCCAGCUUUGUUGAAGAGAAGUGGUCUCAGGAAUGCAAAUCUUGGCAAGAAUUUAUAUCUUCAUCCGGCUACAAUGGUGUCUGGUUUUUUUCCGGAUAGGGAAAUUAUUUCUUAUUCAGGGUCUAUAAUGACUUCAGUAUCUGAAGUUGUUGAAAAUAUAGAUGGCGACCAUUAUGGAUCAAAACUUGAAAUUGCACCACUUCAUCCUAUUUAUCUCGUUGCAUUCUUACCCUGGAAAUCGGCACUUAAUCAUAAACAACGAAUGCUUCAAAUCAAUCAUCUUGUCCCAAUAUUAAUCGUUAGUCGUGACAAAGAUCCUGGUAGAACUUCCAUAGAUUCAUGUGGGAGACCUAGAAUUCAUUAUUCAAUCAGUAAUCAUGAUUCAAAGAGUGUUGUCGAAGGGAUGAUUGCUGGAAUUAAUAUUCUUGUGGCUGCGGGUGCCAAAACAGUUAUAACUGGACAAUUAGCUAUUGAAGAAUUUGAACCUGCUGAAAAAGAUCCGUUUAAUGAUCCAAGAUAUAAACAAUAUAUUGAGAAGAUUAGAAAGAUUGGUGUAGAGGAUAGUGAAUCAAGUAUUGGAAGUGCACAUCAAAUGGGAACAUGCAAAAUGGGUAUUGAUUCAAAAACAUCUGUUGUUAAUCCCAAAGGUAAAGUAUGGGAAAUAGAUAAUCUUUAUGUUGCUGAUGCAAGUGUAUUACCAACUUCUACUGGCGUCAAUCCUGCGAUUACCAUCUGUAGUGUUGCAUAUUCAAUUGCAAAUUUCAUCAUUAAAGACGACAUGCCUAAAUCAAAAAUUUAA